AUGGGCAAGCUACAGCAGAAUUGCGAUCUCAAUGAUCUUCCUCCUCCGUACGAACAGGUCGUCUCAGGGCAACCCUCUUUAGGCAAUGUCGACAACGACUCUCUUCCUCCUCUGGCUGGGCCGUCCGCAGCGGCUCUCCCGGUCGCCGAGAAUCAAGUACAAGAUAAUGACAGAGCUGACAUAACCGAGCGACCGUCCACGACCAUGUCGCCCUUUUUGAGCAAAGAUCCCGCCGCACUUCACAGUCUUAUCAGUCAUGAGGCUCGCAUUCCCCCACGACCGUGUCUAAGUGUCCGUGGUGCACACCAAGAGACCCAUCCCGACCGAAAUGAUCGCAAGGAAAAUCGCACGGAGUCAGUGGUCGACUUUGACUUCAGGAUCAAUAUGACGAACUAUUUGGUGGGAGACCCCGAUUGCGAUGCGGGCUGGUUUCAGUUGCGCGUAGCGCGGGACGGGGAUGGGCAGAAGAUAUAUCGGGGUGGACGAUGUCGGUCGCGUACCUGGAAGCGCCACGCAAGAGGGAGAGGUAUCAGGCUACCAAGCGUAGAAGACGGCACUGAUGCUGAGAAUGUCGGGUUGGUCGAGGAUGAUGCAGGGCCGGAUCUCAUGGGCUGGUGUGAGCGGUUCUGCCAGGACCCAUCGCCUGUCAAAUCCUUCACGUUCACCCGGCACAUGGAGAACUUCAACUCAUCCAUCAUCCAUUCUACUUUAACUUCUCAUCUACGGUCCCUCAACUACCAAGGCAACAUCGACAUCUCCACAUCCUUCCCCAACCGGUCGUUUACGGUCUACUCGCCGCAUUGGAUUAACCGUGCCCGGAACAAUAACUUUGUGUACUAUACCUGUCUUAUUCUUCAACUGUGGCUGAUCACCUGGCCGAUUAUCUGGCUCCUGGAACGCCGGUAUGCGGUUGUUGGGUCCGUGUGGCUGUUCUCCCAGGAGGUAGGAUCCCAGCACAUCUACGCACGGAACCGAGACGAAGCCGGUAUCACGGAGGAUUUGGCCCCGGUGGUUACCCAGGCCGCAUGGGAACGAAGGGUGGACGGCAAGGUCCUUUCUCAGCAGGACAUGCGACUUCUCCGGCGGCUUGAGCGUGAGGGUCAAGAGCGUGGCGGAAGAAUUUUGGUAGUGAACUGGGAUCGGAUCAGCGGAUGGGGGCGUGACCAGUAUACUUGA